AUGGACUAUGUUAGCGAAACUGAAAGCCCUGAAUUAAUUGCUAUGAUUGAAGGCUCUGAUAUACCAGCUGCAAAUGAAAGCCUUAACAAUAUGAUCACCAUGGAUAAAAGUCUAGAGUUAACCACUGUGAAUGAAAGUUUUGAAAUAACUUUCAUAAAUGAAAGCUCUGAAACAACUACCACCAAUAAAAAACGUAAGCGAAAUAAGCUCCAAUCAUGGGUUUUUAAAGACAGGUACUUUAUCAAGCAUGAUCCUCAAAAAG